AUGUCUAAAACAUCGGAAAUGGAAAAGAAUGGUAAAUCUUGCUCUACUGACUCCCCUGAAGUUUCAAAUCUUGAACUGUCUAUGGAGUUUAUUAACUGUGUUAUGUCUAAAGAUUUUCGACAAGCUAUAAAUCUUGCGAAACAGAUCCUGGAGCUUGAACCAAACAACCCACAAAUUCAAGACUUUCUUCCAUUGUUGAAUGAAGCAGAUUACAUGAAAACUGCCGGUGUUUUUCAUUCCCUUACUGACGACUCAAAUACAGAAUCCGAGGAAGACGAUGAUACUGGUAGCCAUCUAAACACUUCAACGGAUACAGACUCUUCUGAUGAGUUUGACUACACAAGUUCUGACUCUGACUGCUGUCGCAGUACUAAAAAAAAACAUGGUUCUUAA